UCCUACAACAAAUUCGGCGUAACGUUGGAAAACGGGCUCACGCAAGGCUCACGCAGGCGACGAACCACAAUGACCGCGUCCUUCACUCGAUUGUCUACCUCCACGUCGCCAUCAUCUCGCAGGCUCCCAUCUUCACCGCACGUUCGCAAUGAUUCUUCCGCCGCGCUGCGUCAUCCAGCUCGUGUCCAGGAUCGUCGCUGAGUACGCCAGUUGGGGUUUCGCUGGUAUCCACGGAAUCUCACUUGGGUGGGUAUUGCCUGGGACUGGGGCAUCAUCUCGUUCGUCCCUCUCGACUGGAUCAGGUUCGCGAUGAAGGCCACCAUCAUCCAGAGGCUUCAUGGCUGCUGCAACACCGCAAUGGUGCAGGCUUCCGCCGCCCAGUUCCUGCG